AUGCUUAUUGAAGGUGAGAAGUGGGCUUGUGAAGCUUGCGUCCGGGGUCACCGGGUCAGCAGCUGUCACCACAGUGACCGCCCUUUGACCCACAUCAACAAAAAAGGCCGCCCAGUCUCUCAAUGUACCCACUGCCGCGGCCUACGCAAGUCUCGGACAACCCACGUCAAAUGCGAGUGCGGCGACCACAAGAAGAAGAAAACCGACUCGCCCGAUUGCGGCUGCAGUCAUGGCCAGCGCUGCACCUGUGCGCUGAAGAAGGAACCUCAUCUCGACCCUGUACCGGAGACUGGCCUGCCCGUGCCUCAUCCGUCGGUUCCUGCUGAACUCCCACGGAAGCCUCUCCUCACGUCAACCAAGUCCGAAUCAACCUUGACGAUCUUCCGUGACGGUCACCAUAAACCCGCCCAUAAGCAUAAUGACAUGGCCCACAAGUGCGGAUUGCCAUACACAAUCCCACGGUCUCAUACUAUCCACCACCCGACCGAUUUGCCUCGUCGAUCCGUGGACCACCUCCCUCUGACCACCCAAUCGGCAUUCAUUCACGAGCCUCUAAGCCUGUCAAUAGACCCUCGAUCGCAGUCACAACAGACCUCGCAGAAUGGCUCUCCCGACAGUGUACCCGCUGCCGCCACGGAGGAUGUUUCGAGCACCACCCCCCUCGGCCCGUCCUUCCUCGACAACUUUGCCGCCCCUGCUAGGCCGACUACUUCAAUGGAUCAAAAGCCCGCAGAUAAUGCUUCCAAUCCAACAUCUGCUCCCGCCACUAUGGAAAAGUUCCCUCUGGAGCAAAUCAUCACCAGCGUACCUCCGCCACUCGAUGUCUCGACAUAUACUACCUUCCCGACCACGACCACCAAUUCUCCGAUCACCUGCAUGGCAUUCCAGGAUCCUUACCAAGACCCUUACUUUACGUCCCCCGACUCCGAGGUGCCUCAGGGAUCGACCGGCAUGGGUGCACCAUCAGUCGAUUGGUCAAGCUUUCCCUUGUACUCAGACGUGCCUGCUUCAACAAGCACGCAGACACCGUCCUAUGCCAGCUUCGACUACAACUCAUACCCCUCAGGCUUGCCGCCACCGUCUUCCUCUGGCGACAUCUCUGAAGUCGAUGAGUUUGGACCUCUCCCCGGUCUCGCGCACACUGGCAACAAUGACGUGCACGAUCUGCACAGCGUCAGCGAGGCAUCGGACAUGGACCAUCUCCGCAUCAGCUCCGCUUCUUCAUUGGUCGGACUGCCUCAAGCGCAGCUCCUCUCGUCAAAUGAUCUCGCGUCGAUCAACAUCGAUGAUUUCCUCAAGUCGGCUAAUGAGUCCACCGCCGCGCUAGAGCAUCAGCUACAAGCUAGCAUGGGAAUCGAGUCCAAGCCGGUCCCUGCACAGGACAUGUACAAUCUGCCUACUUCGCAGGAUUCGCUCCCCGUCUGGCCGUCCAAUCUCUUCGAUGACUCCACUCCGCCUAUGGACGAGGGCUACUUCCGCCAGUCCUGGGCGCAGUAG